AUUAUAUUGAAAUAAAAUUAGACGCUAACAGAUUUGAGCUUCAAUCAUAGUUGAAGGAUUUCAGUAUUUCGUGCCGCUAACAGGACGGUGAAGUCAUUAUUAUUUUUACAUCGCGUUUGAUAUUUCAUUGUCGACGUUACCUAGUGGAAAUUUACCUUCAACAGUAGUGAAUUGGUUAUUCGAUAUACCUUCACCGAUUUGUUGUGAUUUGAACUUGGCAAAAGUGAAACAGAAAGUGUUAGUUUUAAUUAGCAUGGAUGCAUCACAGAAUAACACCGUCAAAUCAGAGAUUCGACCUAAUUCAUGGAAAUCCGAUCCGCAGUUGAACCAGAAACAAGUCAAAAGAAUCGAGAAGAAUCCAAAUCAAAAACCAAACAAUGUGAUAACCUCGAAACUAAUUUCGAAAUCAUCCGAUUGGACUGAAGUAGAUCUUCAAGUACCUGACAAAGAAGAUCAUGUUCACCUUCCGAAUCCGAAACUUAAUUUAAUAUUCAAUAACGAAAAAGGAACCCCCACGCCGCCUCCUAGAAAACAUAAGAAAAAUUUACGAGAAAAACUUGAAGCCGUUGCAAAAACGGGAUUACAGGCGUUCCAGUCAAAAAAACAGGUUGAGAAUGUACCCAAACAACAAGUCGAAGUUGAAGAGCCAGUUUUUGUUAAAAAGACUAUAAAUUACAAGUGCCCAAUUUGUGAUGCAGACGAAUCAUCUCAUAAUCGCGAUCAUCAUCAUCAUCACGUCCAUAAUCAUACCAUUGAUAACGAUAAAAGCAAGAGUGGAAUGAAUAACAAGCUAAAUAACAUCAGAGAUAAUAGAGGAAGUUUGAAACGGAAGAAAAACUUAUCAGUUACUUCACUUCCAAAUUAUGACGAAUUGAAGUUAACUGUGGCAGAAUUUGACGAUAGUGAUAAAGGAAUAUCUGUACUAAACCCCGGAAAAGAUAUGCAUCCCUCAGAAAUUUCGUUACCAAUUGAUCACAAGAAAACGCCAGCUGGUUCUACAGGCAAAUUGGAUACGUAUAUAACUCGUUGUCGAAGUUUUGGAUCAAUUUUUCCUCAAAAAUUAAAAAAAUUACGACCUCGAAAAACACCGACCGACAUCGAAAGCGAUGACUCUUUUGGCGGUUUGGAAGAUUGGGAUUUGGGUUUAAUUGAACAUUAUAAUCCAAAAGAUGCAAGUUUACCGAGACCCAGGAAGCUUCCGAGAAACGAUGAUGCAUUGUUAGCAGACAUAGAGAGUAUGAUAGUAACAGAAGAAGAAAUAGAAAAAGAAACGCCCAAGCCGAAACCACGGAAAACAGAGUCUUUGGUGAAGAAAAUUAAUAGAGAAGCAUCAGAAGAGGCCCAUAAAAGAUCUACUGAGUUUCUUACUGCUACAAAUGCGACCGCUGAAACUAUCACACCCCCUCCUUCUCCUAUACCAGAGCCUUUAAUACGAAAAACUUCCACUAAGUUACCGGCCGAAAAAGACGAUAAGGUAGAGCAUUCAAACUUAAUAAAAAUUUUGGAGAAGUUUAGUAUGGAAAAUAAACAAAAUAAAAAUAAGAACGAAAAUAAUUUACCAAAGAAUAGCAGCAGUAAUGAAUCUUCUCUGACACCUUCGUUAGUGGAAUUUGAAAAAAACUUGGUCAAUUCUGUUGAAGACUGCAUCAAAGCGGAAAAUAUAAACAAAAAUAUUACUGAUAAGAACUUGAAUAAUAACGAGAAGAAAAUUGUUAAGGAUAUUAUAACUUGAAACAUUCACAUUUAAAAUAAGCGCCUUAAUUAUUUUUUAUAUGAUCAGAUGUAAAUAUGAUUCAUUUAUUUAUAAUCAGAUGUACAUAUUUUGUUAUUGAACGGGGUAUUUCAUAGGAAAAUCAAAUGAAAAUGAUGAUGCAAAUGGUUGAAAAACCAUCAUAAUGAGUUAAUAUGUUGAGACGUGAGCAUAGUAAAAACUGGAUUCAAAAUUUGGAAAAUUGUAAGCUGCAGAAACGCGUCAUUCUUUAUCAUCAUUAACAGUUAUAAUUGGUAAGACUUCUACAGCAAACAUCAUCACACAUCAGUUGGUUGGGGUCUGCUAAGUUCCAUAUUCUACUUUAUACAGAGGAAGAGUAGGUACAGGGGCGCAAAGGGUACAGUGGGAAAAAGUACUUAAUACAUUAUUAAUGAUUAGAUACCACCUACAUUUAGCAUCGAGUAAAAAAUUAACAAAUGCCACUCCACGUUUUGUUGGGUUAUACAUCAUAAUCAUUCCUGGUUCACCUGUUGCCUUGUCCAAAUCAUCAUCAUAGUUCCUAUUUGAGAUGAGUGAAUGGCGUUGGAAUGUAUGAAACCAUUGAGCAGUUUUUUCGUAAAACAAACAUUGAUGUCAUUUCUGAACGUUUUGAUGGGUUACUGAAUCGAAAAGGAAACUCCAUCUCAUUUUUCCCGAUUGUUUCCAAUUUCCACUACUUUGCUAAGACAGUUACCAAUUUCAAAUGGUCCCGGUGGUUGUCUAAUUUUUUUUUACUCCAUCAAGAUAAAUUAGUACUUUUAGCUUCACAAUAUUGAUGCAUAGGGCAUCGCUAUCACCUUCAAUAACUGUCUCUUACGAAUUCCAUUAUUUUGUUGAUUUUUCAACAAUAACAUCCAACAUGUAAACAGGAAAGAAAUAGCUCCAUAUAUAUUGUUUGGAUUUAUCAAACCUCUAGUGGCAGUUUUUGGCCUACGAAAAUGGUUUACAAUAUUAUAUAACCGGGUCCUAACAUUUUGGGCUGGUACAUCUUUUACCCGUUUAGUAUUGUUAUUUUCUUCCUAAAAAAUAUAAUGAUAGCUCAUCUUUUUUAUAUCUGCUUCCGUAUCUGUAUCCAAAUCUUCUUUAGUUUCUCUAUCAUCUUCUUUCUUCUGGCUCAUUGAAAACAACAGGCUUAUCGCUUUAACAAAAUUUGAAACAUUCUUUCAUUAACCGCUGAAGACGUUCCUGCUAUUUAUGAACGCACAAAUUGAUACUUAGUGGAGUCAAUAAGAUACUGUUUGUGGAGAGAUACUGAGAUCUUAAGAGGGUUGAAAUUCAGUCAAUCAUUUUGUUAAAGAACGUGGUGAAUCAUAUAAUAAGCAGACACUUACAGUGAAAGUCUUGUUCACUGUUUCACGCGCAUGAGUUCUGGCACACAUAUACGAGCCACACUAUUUUGGUGAGUCUUCGAAUUUGCUGUUUACAGAUGGACACACUCUUUCAGCUUACCUCCCAUUUAAGAUAGUUCUCCUUAUCUCUACACUCCAUAGUUCCAGAUUGUUUGUAACUAUUGAGUAAUGCGCUAUAUGAAAAAUGCGUUCCAACUGUAUUAGGUUCAAGUAAGGAACAAAAAGUUUUAUGUUCCAGGAAUACAUUGAACUUGUUUAUCUGUCGUUCAAGACUAGCAAAAAUGUUUUCGAUAACUUUCGGCUUCCCGUCUCCAUCAGGUUUACUGUUACCAUUAUUCGCUCACAAUGUUUGAUAGCUUGCUAUUAAACAAAAAAAAUUGAGAAUAUACAUGAGAUACUCCGUUUAAUUUUGCUAUUUGUAGAUAAUCCCUAUUAGAGAAUUUUUGUUAAUAUUGGAUAAAAUUAUAGUAUGAAUGUUAACUGUCUUAAUAUUUUUCAAUAAAAUAUAAAAGCACA